UGUUACUCGGAGUGGUGAUAUCCGCAUAUUCAAUUGGCCUAUUCAAGAGAAGACUAGACACUCACGAAAGGAUACUAGAAAAGGAAUAACAUAGGCCGUAGGCCUUCUGUCCUUAAUACACAAACUGAAUACAUUACACUGUAAUUUACUAAUAUUUCUCUUGAUCCACUGUACUAGAUACAAAAUUCCUCUAAGUGAAAUCUUUUUCUGUUGUCCAUGCCCAUUUCAAACAAUUGGAUAAUGAUUGGUUAUUGAGGAGGAUUUUUGCAGCGCGCCAAAUGCUGUUCAGAAGGGUUGCCAUAUUUCGACUUCCAAGUCAACUACGGAGUAUUCGAACUUCGACACAGUGUUUGACAGAACUCAAGCUUACGUUCGCUUCAUCAGCCCAAGCCUUUUACAACAAUGUCGCGGUAAAGCAAGUUGACGUUCCCACUUUAAAUGGUCGUUUCGGUGUUUUGGCUGAACAUGUCCCCACAGUGGGUUGUCUAAAACCCGGUAUUGUGGCAGUCACUGAAAAUGACGGAAGUGUAAAAAAGUAUUUCGUUAGUAGCGGUAUUGUAACUGUCAAUAGUGACUCAUCUAUUCAAGUUCUUGCCGAAGAAGCAGCUUCACUUGACCAGUUGGACCCACACGCUGUUAAAGAUGGAAUGUCUAGGGCACAAUCCGAGUUGUCAAGCGCUACUACAGAACUUGGGAAGACAGAGGCUCAAAUCGCCGUUGAAGUAUUCGAAGAAAUGUCUCGUGCUCUUCAGGAACAAAGUUAAUUUAUUAUUUGUACCACCAAGUUUGUUAGACUGAAUAAUUGUAGCUACAUUACUGUACAUCUUUUCUUGAGUCUGUUAUGCUUCGGAGCCGUAAUAUGUUUUAACUAGACGUUGCUGUUCUUUUCCAAUCAUACUUUAUGUUAUUGUGAUUUAGGAGUUGUGGGAUGUGCUAACAGGUUUUUUGCAUUGCUUGAGACGAGUGACGUCAAAGCUCUGACUGUCGAUGAAUUCGAACCCUAACCGACCAUUAUUGAAGUGCACUGAAUUUAAGCUAUAUUGUAGUAAUUUUAUUAUGUAUAUCGAAUAUCUCGUUUUGUAUAUUUUAGUUUCUUGUAGUCAUUCAGAAGUAUUCAAGCAAUGUUUUAUAUUUCCGAAUUCUAGGAAAAUAAUAGGGUUAUAAACUGCUUUGAUGGCAAGUGAGCAAAAGUAUGGAUUGUUAUUGGGCAUGAUUAGUUAACUAAUAAGUAUGAUUUACCUAGAUUUACAGCUUUCUAGUGAUCAAGUGGAAUCGCCUAACAAUUUAGGAAGCCCAGUUUAAGAGUAUUCCUAUGAUAGUUCAGAAGUUCAUGCUUCAAGUAGAUUAAGACGUUUGGGUGACAUCAGAACAAAAAGAACACAAGAGUUAGUUUGCACAAUCAGGAAAUAUGUAGGUAAAAAUUACAUAAAUGAGAAUCACGACUUAAUAUGUGUGAUAAAUAGGCUUUUUUCGUAAAACGAAAAUAAUAAAAGUUGUUUUAAGAUGAGAGCUUCGUGUUUUAUAUUCGCGACUAUUCUGUAACCUUACAAAUUGUCUAUUCGACGAACUGUAUCAGAAAUAUCGGCUAUGAUGUUUAUGCACCGCUAAAACAGGUUUUUAAAUUUUGACCUCUUAAUGGUGAUCCACCCAUCGCAAGAUCUGAAUGUCCUGAAUCAGAUCUAUUUUUUAAGUAUAGAUUUCAUAAAUUGUGUGCUAUUAGUUAUCAGAAUAGAUCUAUAAUAGUACCUCAAUCUAUGAAAAAUUGUACGUAUGAGUACCAAGGUUGGACUUGGUAGUUUCAAAUAAAUUGGACAUUGGAUAGAAAGUUAAUAAAUAUAUUUUUUUGUCGUUUCCCAAUGAGAAAUAUAUUUAUUAUUAAAUUACAGAGUUUUUGAACUGAUAUAUAAAGUGAUUUGACUUUCAGUUACUAUAAUAAGAACGAAGGUAUAGAAACAAUACCAACUAUCAGAUAUUUUUGCUGACAAAAAGCUGAUUUAUCGUAUUUUGUGGAUAGGUAAUUGAUUCUUCGUCACUAAAGUGUUAGGAAACGGAUCAUGCAAAGUCGUGGUUGUCAUCUUUCAUCAGACUAGCAACAUAUUUCAUAUCUUAAUCAAAUCUCAUGUGAUAAAUCCUUG